AUGAAGCUCAACUUAUCCAACUUUUUUGUGUCGAUGUUCGUUGCAGGCGCUUUUGCCCAGUAUCCUUACUGCAACUGUGGCAACAGCGAUAUCCAAUGUGGUUACAAUGACGACCAGGUCUUCAACAACGGCGGCAAAACGUACACCGCGUACUGCAAUAAGCUUGACGACUACGGUGGUGCGAACUUGAAAUACUUCGUCGCCGAUUCGGUUAAGGCGUGUGUGAAGGCUUGCUCCGAAUAUCCGGAUAACAAAUGCAAGAGGGCGAUCUGGCAAACCAGCGCUGCAAGUGGUCGGCAGACGGGCUGCUGGCUCAGGGAAUGGAACAAUGUUGACUGUGUCCCGACGACAGAGAGUACUGCGUAUAGCAGUGCCCAUGUGCACGACUCUAAAUGCCCCCAGUAA